AUGAGUGGCAAGUACCCAACGGGCCCGUAUCCUGCCUGCGGCCAGGAGGUGAUCGAGCUGCUCAGCAGCAGCGACGAGGCCUCGUCCAGCGACUCGCAGCCGUCGCGCGCGCGGCGCCGGGUGCGUCGCAGCCCCAGCAGUAGCAGCGAGGAGGAGGAGAAGGCGCAACUUAAGCCUCCGCGGCGGCGGCUGAUGCGCGCGCCUGGCGCCGGCCCCAGCGACCGAAGGAGGAAGCGAUGCGCCUCUAGCGCCAGCAGCGAGGGCGAGAGCAGCCAGGACGAGAGCGACGGCAGUGUCGAGGAGCGCGAGACCCUCGCGCAAUUGAAGCGACCAGCGAAGAAGACUAAAGUUGCUGUAACGAAAGCUUAUGUUGCUCCAUCCACCCGCCCGCGCCCCGACCGCCGGGCGGACGGAGAGAUGCGACAGAUCACGGAAGGCAUGAGCUUCUACGAGCUGCAGGCCCAGCAGCAGAUGAUGGCGCGGUUCCAGAACCAGAACCGCAGGAAGACGCCGCCGCCGCCGAAGCCGCGAGUCGAGCACAAGAGCAACAUUAGUGAAAAUUCAACUGGAGCUAGGCAACAUAAGGAGAAGACGAAGGUGAGCACCAGUGAGUUGCAGGCGCAGAAGAGGGCUUUGGACCACUUCCACAGGCAGAAAGCGCGCAAGUCGGCGCCGUCGGUCAACAGGCGGAAGAAAUCGUACAGCAGUGCGAGUGCAAGCGGGGAGAGUGACGAGAGCGAGGAGAAGGACGAGGAGUGGGAUAAUUUCACACGGGUAUCAGCCGAAAGGGAGGCACUACGCAAGCAGAAACAGAAGCAGAGUGCGGCACCGUCGAGAACGAUGUCGACGCAAACCAAGGCCGGGAGCUCUGCCGAGAAAACGAAGGUCGCGGAGUUUAUCGAGUGA